AUGGAGCACUGUCACAUGCUGAGCGGCCAGUGUCUGCCGCCACCACUCCCACAACCGCAAUCACAGUCACAACCACAACCACAACCACAUGGGUCGUCCGAGGGUGCGACUGCUCUAGCCGGAGGCAUUCCCAGUCACCACCGCGCAACAGGCUCGGUCGCGUCGGCACCGGAGGCUUCCGUGUCGACGAUGCAGCUUGAUCCGAUGCAACCUCCGCCAGCACCGCCGCCAGCACCUCCAGCGCCUCCAGCGCCUCCAGCGGCCCCCGUGCAGCUGCCGCCCCUCGCGCUUUCUUUCCCCGACGAGCCGCCUACAGAGCUUGCACCGAUCCAGCUGCCUCAUGAGAAAUCCGCCAGCGUCUUGGGGCAACAAACCUUGCCACCAUUGUCCGAGGUCACAGGCACGCAGCCCCAGCGUCAUGCUCCUUUGUCGCAUCCUCCUGCCUCAUCGCACAACCCCCAGCAGACCAGAGUAAACCACUGGCCUAGCAUGAACCCUUUCACGACCUACUACCGCCCCAGCUACCUCGAGAGUGCCGAAUCUUCUCCGAGCAUGGAUUCAGAACGGAGCACCGGGCCCAGGGCAGCCAGUGUCAGCCUUGACGACCCCGAUGUGAGGAUUGCCGCUGAGGCACUUGGACAGAUGAGAACAGAUUUUAUGUCAUCACCAAAGCAAUCCCCGUCUUUGAUUUCAGCGGCACCGGGUGACCGCAAGACCUCUGUAGACUGCAAGCCUGCUCCCUCAUCGUCGCAGAAUAGCAAACAGCCCGAACCGGAGCCUCUCCUGUCGCUCAUCACAACAACUUAUCCGUUGUUAGCCAGCACUAUCGGAGGUGCUGCCUCUGCCUAUAGGACUGGCAAGAAUUACUCGCCCCACCUCAAGUCAGGCGCCGAGUAUGUCGAGAGCUGUCUGAAUCCCGUUGCAAAGGCCGUCGGGACUGUGAGCCGGAAAACUGGUGUAGAGGGGGGCGUGAGGUGGAUCUUUGGGAUACGGAACAAAAAGCAACAGGCCUUGUCAGAUAUUGAAUCGGGCGAUCGCGGGAGCACCAAGCGGCGCAAGUCGGAGCGUAAUGACAAGGAGUCCAACUUGUCGAAUUCCACGUCACCCCAGCUUGCAGCCGAUGGCUUUGACGAUCGCCGCAUGUCGAUCAGCACCAUCGACACUUUACCCCCAUACGACGACCAGAAAUCUCCAGCAUAUACCGAAGUAGCAGAUGAGAUGACGUCGAGAUCUUGCCCCCCAGGCACCUCGCCGCAGCCUUGGCCUCAACGGUUUGUUGUAACGACAUCUGGCUUAGGUGUUGCUAUGAAACAAGAGAGCUUGAAGAGUCUCAGGUUCUGCCUCAAGGUUCUCAGAGAAACGAACAGUUACGUCGGCGAGAUCAUUGUGAAGCUGAAGAAUGUCAUUGACGAGUAUGACCGCGCUACCCAGAAGGACGGCGAGGAUCAGGUCAUGAAAGACUCGUCUUGCAGCGGUGCUGCUGAUCUCAACAAACUCCUCCUGCGUAUGAAGGAGCUGAAGGAGGACAUCUUUCGUGUUAUCCAACGGACUGUUCAGACAGUAUCAAAGUAUGCUGGCAGUGCACUGCCCGAGAAUGCCAGGAAUAUUGUCCAUCGCCAGUUGAUGAGCCUGCCCGGCCUGUACCAAUUCCAUUACAUCCGGGAGACCUCGGAGGGCCGCCGCGGAAACGGCAGCCCGGAGGCUUUGGUUCGCGACAGCGCCCAUCUGGCUCUGUUGUUUGCCAAGGAGGCUCUACAGAUGAUGACUCAAGUUGGAGACGUUCUCAACAGGACGCUUGUGAGCGCAGAAGAAUGGUGCGAAACGCUGUAUAGGAAGAAGAAUGAUGAGCAAGCGCAGUCUUCGCUUAAUGGCAUUAUCCAUGCAUCUACCUCUUCUACUGCUCCUUCCACGGAUUCAGAUGUCAAGAUGUCGGGUUGA